AUGUUUGACAAUAUUUUUAAAACCAAACAUACAUUGACUGACAUUACAUCACAUCCAUUAUUGAAUGCCGAGUACGGAAUCGUCACAUUCUUGAUCAUAAGCGCAAUUCUCACCAUUUAUAUAUCGUUAUCGGUUACAAAAGGCAAACCCGAAAAUUUUAGUUUAUUUCUUUAUAUUGUGUUACGUUUGGCCCGACUAUUGCCACAAUUAAUGAUAUUUAUAUUAUUGACAUUUUUGUUACCACUGUUGGGUUCGGGCCCUCUUUGGGCUGAAGUGGUCGGCAGUAAUGUUGACAAAUGUCAGACCAAUUGGUGGCUAAAUAUGCUUCUCAUUCAAAAUCUCUACAAAUCUGAUCAAAUGUGUGCGGUUCACACGUGGUAUAUCGCUCUGGACUUUCAAUAUCACGUAAUGACAGCUAUUGUCGUAUUAGUCUAUCUGUACAAUAAGAAAGCGGGGAUUAUAUUAAACACAAUAAUAAUUGUGAUAUUUUUAAUCAUCUCAUCGAUUAUGAUAUAUGUAUACGAAGUGCCGCCGGCUAUCAUCCAUACAUCGCGAACGGAACAUUUUGAAAAAUAUUUCGGGAAUCUCUAUCACAAACUUCCGCCGUCUUAUGGAGUCAUGAAACCCACAUUCAAUAUAACCAAAUCAUCGCUGACUAUCAUAUGGAUUGCAAUACUCGCCGCCUAUUGUAUCCCAUUGUGGGAUAAAGUCUACUGGAGUUACGGCCGACCCUUCAGUCCCGCUUUUGCCACAGUUUUCUAUACAUUAUGUCGAGUGAUUUGGACGGUCUGUACGUCACUAAUGAUAUGGUUGUGUAUAUCGGGAAAGGGAGGGCUAAUCAACACAUUUCUAUCGCACCGGGCAUUCGUACCGAUGGCUCGGUUGACAUAUAGUGUGUAUUUAUGUCACGCGUGGCUCAUAUGGUAUUUCAUGGGUUCGCGCCGUCAUGUGAUGGACACUCAUAUGUAUAAC